AGUAACGUAUAGUGUAUUACUGCGUAUGUUCUGCGCACAGCGCAAAGUUCACAGUACCGUACAAAGAAGAAUAAAGAGUAGCCCUCGACCUAUGAUAUAGAAUAGAGAAAGUGACCCAAUAACUUUCUUUAAGUGAGAGUAAGUUUAUUUUUAUUCCCUGAUCACAAUGAAUAUUGUAAGAAGGAACUCUAUAAGUUACCAACAAACGGGUCAAGGAUGAUUCCUGAAUAAUGACCAUACAUGAAUGACAUCUCUGUAGGAUGUGUGCUACUUGGAGUAAUUGGCAAAUAGUAUUAAUGAAUGAAUUGUAGUCCAUGUCAUAUACUAUACCAAACACAAAAUAGGUAACUCAUAAAAGAUGACUCAACACACACCUUUGAUUCUCUUUCUCUCUACUUUGCUACAUGUGACGCAAAUUUCAAGCCGGGCUGCCGACUCAUUGUACACCAUUGGAGUUGGCAUUGCUGACAUAACAGGUCCUCCAGUGGAAGUUGCUUUUAUGGGCUACGCCAAAAUGGAGCAGCGAGGUGGUGGCCUUCAUCUUCGCCAGUUUUCAAGGGCAUUCAUUCUGGAUGAUGGCUACGAGCGGCUUGUCUUUGUGACAGCAGAUUGCGGAAUGAUGGGAACUGGAGUGAGGGAAGCUGUUCUGAAAAAGCUGGAAAGCAGUUACCAUGGACUGUAUAACGAACAGAAUGUAAUGCUGAGUGGUACGCACACACAUUCCGCUCCAGGGGGAUUUCUCAUGCAUCUAAUAUUCGAUUUGAAUACAAUGGGAUUUGUGCCUGAAACAUUCACUGCUCUUGUUGAUGGAAUAACCCUGAGCAUCGCACGCGCACACACGCGACUGACAGCUGGCCGCUUGUACAUGGCGCGUGGCGAGGUGCGCGGAGCGAGCAUCAAUCGCAGUCCGCAGUCCUACCUUCAGAAUCCGCCGCAGGAACGCGCCAAAUACAAACACGAUGUUGACAAAACGUUGAUCCAGCUUCAGUUCGAAGACUCUUCAGGAAAACCAAUGGGUGCCAUUUCUUGGUUUGCCGUUCAUCCAGUCAGUAUGAACAACACGAAUCGACUUGUCUCCAGUGACAACAUGGGCUUUGCAGCAUUACUGUUCGAGAAGAAUAUGAACCCGGAUUCCCUGCCUGGAAAGGGUGACUUCGUGGCUGGGUUCGCGUCCAGCAACCUGGGGGAUGUCUCCCCGAACGUGAGGGGACCGAGCUGCUCGCUGUCGGGGGAGCCGUGCGACGGAGUGAGCAGCUCGUGUCCGACGCCAGGCGACGCCUGUGUGGCGACCGGCCCAGGUCAGGACAUGUUCGAAAGCACCAAGCUCAUCGCUAAGCGAAUCUUCAAUACGGCCUGGGAUGUUUGGAACGGUGAGAGAGAGGAAGUCCGUGGCCGGAUCAGAGUCAUACACCAAUUUGCUGACUUAUCAAAAAUGUCAACCACCUAUGUGGAUCCUAGUAAUGGCCUGGAGCGAAUGGUGGAGGGUUGCCUGCCAGCGAUGGGGUACAGCUUUGCGGCGGGCACCAUCGACGGACCGGGCUCCUUCUCAUUCAAACAGGCCACUAGAACUACUAACGCUCUCUGGAAUGCGGUUCGCAACUUCAUCACUGGACCAAGUGCCAAACAAGUGCAGUGCCAGAGUCCAAAACCGAUUCUAUUGGCUACUGGAGAGAUGAACUUUCCAUUCGAGUGGCAGCCGUCGGUGGUGUCGACGCAGCUGGCGUUCGUAGGGCAGUUCGCGAUCGCGUGCGUGCCGGGCGAAUUCACGACAAUGGCCGGCCGACGGCUGCGCAGUGCCUUGCAGCAAACCAUAGAUCUGCCCUCCGAGGAGCACGUCAUCAUUGCCGGCCUCUGCAACACCUACAGCGACUAUGUCACCACUCCUGAAGAGUAUCAAUUGCAAAGAUACGAGGGAGCUUCCACUAUUUAUGGCCCUCAUACCCUCACCCUCUACAUGCACCACUACAAACGAAUGGUUGUUUCCUCACAACAGAAAGAUCAUGUGAAGAAUGGGCCAAGGCCUGCAGAGCUGUUGAACGACCUGAUAUCUCUGAUCCCACCUGUGCUGUACGAUCGCUCUCCGUGGUUCUCGACGUUCGGCGACGUGCUGGUUGAACCUCCUUCAGAAGUGCAGCCAGGGGACACGGUUCAAGUCACUUUCGUGUCUGGGCAUCCUCGAAAUAAUUUGAAACAUGGAGAGUCCUACUUGUCGAUAGAUAGGCUUGAUGGAGAUGAUUGGGUCACCAUAGCCACUGACGCAGAUUGGGAAACCAAGUUCUUGUGGGAGCGAACUUCGACUGUGCUGGGUACAAGUGAAGCCAAAGUGGUGUGGACUAUUCCAGGUGACGCACAACCCGGAGACUACCGAAUAAGGCACUUCGGUCACGCCAAGUACAUAUUUGGCAGCAUAGAGCCCUACAAUGGUAGUUCGAAAAUUUUCAAGGUCUUGAAUAACGUCACAGAGUCCAACUUGAGUAACGUCACAGAAUCCAAUGAAUUGUCAAAUGGGUUGGAUAUCAGUCACGGAGAAUAAAGAGGAAUAACAUUGUUAGAAGUAACAGAAAUUAUUCCUGGUUUGGAUGGUUCACCAGCAUCCUGCCAAUAAAUGAAUAAAUUCAAUUUUGUUGGAGUUUGCUGUUUAAAAGCCUAGGUUCAAUAGAUUCUCAUAAUAUAGAGUGAGAUAAGUUACGAUAUUUUCAUUAUUUUUUUAUUUUUUGACUAUCAAAUUUAUUAAAUAUUGCACUGAAUUUGAAUUUGGAAACACUUCAUAUUUUUAUCUUAAGAUUUAUCAAAACAAAUAGUUGUUAUCGAUCUGUUGUAGACUAUAAUGCUUAUUUAUUUCAUAGAAUAUCAUUCUCAGCAUUCGAAAUGAUGUAUUACUAUAUUUCUCUAAAGAUUUUGAUUUGUUGUAUAAAAUGUUCAAUUAUCAA